AUCGGGACUAUAUGGAGGAUGGUCCAAUAAUUCCACGUUUUCUUCCGUUAAAUACUGCCCUGUUUUUUGGGCUGUGUGCGAGCUUGCAUUGUCUUGGUGGAGGAUGAUUCUUCUUUCGCGGUUGAUUUUUCGAAGCUCGCCGACAGCCGACUGUCGUUUAUUUUCUGGUUCAUAACAGUAAAUUCACGAUUCAUCACCACUAACAAUGCUGUAAACAUUUUUUUAGUUUCCGG